UUUUUUUGUAUUAUUAAGAAUAUAAACAGAUACCAAUAAUAUUUGUAUUAGUAGAAAGAAAGAAUUACCUAUUCAUUUCUUAGUAAAUAAUAAGCAAUAAAAAAUAGUGGAGAUAAUAAAUAUAUCAUUAAGCUAGUAAUAAAUAAAGGGUUUUAACACAAAGCAAGCAAAUUAGUUUUUAUUUUUAGUACAUUGUCAUUUAAAAUGAAACUUAGAAUUCAUAGAAGACAUGAGUCAGGAGCAUCUAAUGCAGAUUAAAGAAUAAGGGAAUACAACAAUCAUAAAUUAAAUGCUAGUGAAGUUAUUUCUAGGAGAUAGGCAAACAAUAGUUUCCAUGGCUCGUCUUAUAAUUCAGUUAAUAGGGAUUUUGAAAAGCUAAAUUAAACAGCAUUUGGAAACGAAGAACUUUAUAAGGCUCUUAAUAAAUCUAAACCCUUGUAUGAAAGUAAUAAAAAGGAAAUUAAGCAGAGAACAGCAAUUUCUCUACCAAGAACUAGUCAAUUAGAAGAAAAAGAAAAGAGAAAGCGAGCUUUUGUUGGAGAUUCGCUUGUACAUUUACAAAAUCCUAACUCUAUUUAUGAUCCAAAAAUUAACACUGGCGAUUUAACGAAUAUGCUAUCUAGUUAAAUUUAUGGAUCAAAUAAAAAAGAAUAAUAAGAUGAAAAUCUCUCUAAAAUAUAAAUUUUUUAAACUGGUUCUCCUUUAAAAAAUAAAAUACUGCAAGAAGUAAAACAUGAAGAAUACAAAAAUUAAAAUUUAGAGACUUAAUUGGUGGAGCUGAGAGAUAAUAAGGAUUGUCCUGAGGGAUAGUUUAAUAUAAAUAAAAUUAAUGAAAUUAAAGCUACUAUUUAAAGAAAGUAUUAGCAAAGGAAGAACUUUAAGUAGAUUUUUGAGUGUUGGGACGAAGAAGGAAAAGGAACAAUUAAUAAAAAAAACAUUGUAAAUAUGCUGAGCAGAAUGGGAAUUAAAUGCAAUGAAGAAGAAGCUUAGAUUUUACUAUCAACUGCUGAUAAAGAUAAUUCUAAUGAUUUGAAUAUGCAAGAAUUUUUAGACUUGGUUUUUGUUAAUAAUUAAGUAAAAUAAAAUGAUACCAGAAACACUCGCUCAUUUAGCCAAAAUCCUAAACUUUAAAAUAUAAAUUUAUAUGAGUCUUUAUCAAGUCUUAAUGAGAAUUAACACCCAGAAAUAAGCUCUCCAGAACUAUAGAGAAAACUUAGAAAGCAAAUUUAGGUUGAAGAUGACACAAGAAAUGAAAAGAAACUCAAUUUCGUUUUGAAAAAUAAAAUCACUCAGCUAUUAAACAAUUUCUGGAUAAAUGAUUAUAAAUAAACAGGAGUCAUUAAUUAAAAAACAUUCAAAGAAAUCAUUAGAAGAAAAGUUGAUCUUUCUGAAAAUGUUAUCUCUGACUAAGAAAUCCAACAAAUUUAUUCAAAAUACUAAAAUACAGAUAAAACCGAUGCAUUUAAUUAUAAAUAAUUUGUUAAAGACCUUAGACAAUUUAAUUAUGCUGAAAAGCCAGAAACUGAAUAAAAUACUGUUGAUGUAGUGAAUGAAAGCAUGAAACAAACAAAUGUUUAUAAAAAUUUAAUGUAAAAAUACAAGAAAGAGGAAAAUCCUACUGAAUUUAACUUAAAAGAGGUCUUCAUAAAUGAUAUUUAAAACGAUAAUCCAUCUCAUAUAGAUUGGAUGAAAGCUAGGGCUGAUAAACUAUCUAGACAUAUCCAAAAGUUCUUCAAUAAUGAAAAAGAAUUUUAGCAAUAUUUAAAACAGCAAAUUCCUGAUAAUUAAGACAAGGGGUAGAUUCACAAGAGUGAAUUGCUUAAGACAUUUAAGGGGAUGUUUGAUCAAACAGAUCUCAAAUUUCAAAAAAGAGAUUACGAAGGAAUUAUGGAAAUGUUUUAAUAUAACAAACAUGGCUUUACUAAUGUAGAUGAUAUUCCAAAAAUUAUUUACUAAGAAAACCAUCUUUAGAUGUAUUCUAGAAUCGCAUAGAAAAUAAGAGGACCACCUCCUAUGACAAAGAAAGAAACUAAUGCUACAGAAGAAAUGCGUAAUGGAGUAACUACUAAUUCAUUGUAAAUGAAUAGUGUGGUUAGCAUUUAAGAUUAUGAUAAGAAUAAUGAUGUUUAUGAUUUAAAUAAAUAAAGUGCAACUACUGGUGUUUAUUAAAAAAAUUAAGGAGAAUAGAAUUAAUAGUAAUUCUAAGCUAUAUAAAAUAGAAGCAAAAGAGGAAAUAGCGUUUAGAGUUAUAAUCAUAAAGGAGAAGGUGAACCUAAAUACUCUAACUCAUAAAUUAAAAGUGUACUGAAAAAGGUAGAAGAUAAAUUAUUUUUAGGUGAUUCACGUGCAUAUUAAGUAUUCAAAACAUUUGAUUUAGAUAAAGAUGGAUAUGUGAAAAAAGAUGAAUUAAAUGAAAAAUUGAGCUAAAUGAGCAUACUUAAUCCAGAAGAAUAGAAGAUAUUUAAUAAAUAUGUAGAUCCUAACAAUUAAGGAUAUCUUAAUUUUUCUUAAUUUAAUGAAAAAAUUAAUUCUUAAAUGUCUAUUUAAUAUGAAAAAAAUGAAAUAGAACUUAAUCCUUAUGUAUAAAGAUAAGUUAUAUAAAAUAGAAUUAACAUGUCUAAAACUUAUAACAAUUUCAUUGAUUAAACCAGAUAAGCUUUCUAGCAAUAAUCAAGAGCCAGAAUAACUUCACUGAACUCAAAUAGUUAAAGCAUAUGCAAUUAUUCAAAUAAUAAUAUAAUUAAACCUACAUAUAAUUCAAGCUUGUAUGCCAGUGAAUAAGAUAGAUUUAGCUCUAAUAAAUUAGAUUUUUAGUAGUAUGACAAAUAAAAAAAGGAAUUUUACCAUUAAAAUAAGCUAUAAAAUAUAAGAAUAAAUAAUAAUAUUAUUGAACAAAGAAAACAAAAUAAAAUAAAUCAGGAAGAGUCUAGACUAAAUUCAACUAUUUAAACAAGAGCUGCCACUAAAUUAAUUUAUGAAAAUGUAGUUAAAAGCAAUAUUUUAGCAGCUGCAAUUUGA